GAAAAACUGUUUAUCAAUGUGACGAGGUUAGCAAUUCCCCGGAUGGAAGGGUAAACAAGAUGAGCGUGUAGUGGAGGAUAGUUGCAUGGCGACAAGAAAGCUGAUGUUACUGCACCCGAAGAGGAGACAAGACGCCCGAGACGUGCGCUUUCUUUUUUGAGAGACGAUGUACACGCACGCCGGUAUAUUUUAUACAGCGCUGGCUAAGAACAAUUAAGGGAAACUGCUUUCUGCUUUGAGUAAACUGUGGACCGAGGUGCACAUCUCUCUCUUCGCUUGGCCACAAAGGAUUACAGUGUAUCACAUGCUUUGUUAGAAGCGACCUGCUGAGACCUCUCCACAACGAAAGGCACAUACUUUCCUGGGAAGGAAUAACUCUAGAAGCUACUCAGAUACACAUCACUGAGAACCAGAGACGAUUACUGAAGAAAAAUACUGCCUGGCAGGACACUUAUAUUAAAGGAAAGCUGGCCCAGGUGACCGAAGAGAUGGGUAACAAAAACACUGGCCCGCCUAAAGGUCCAGAUAAUGCAACUCAACCAAAGGAAGAGGAUGACAUGGACGUCAGCGGUGUCUCAGGAAGUGUCCCCAAAUAUGGAACAUCGAGCCUCAGCCCAGAGCUAUUGGCCUCUCUACAGUCUCUCAGCGAAAACACUGACUACACACUACUGCCAAACUCGCUGCACCAGAUUGCAGAAUUCUGCUCACUUCAAGAGAACUAUCAAUUGGCCAUCCAGCUUCUCCAGCUAGAGAAGCUCUACCACGAAAGAGUGCUCUCCAACCUCACUGACCUGCAGGAAAACUGGGAGAGCCGCUGCAAAGAGAACGCUGACAACUGUUUGCCCGCUGAAGUAGACAACAUCAGUAAGAAACACAUUGAGGCGCUGAGACACAUCUGUGAGACACACCUCAAGCCUUCCCUCAGUGAAGAUAUCACAAUAACAGUCAUUCAAAACAAGAGAGAGGUGUGCCAUCAGGGAAAAGUUGCAGUAUGCAACAUUGAAAUAAAAAAUGAAGAUGAUGACGACGAAGUGGGAAAAAUGAAGUCCAAGUUGGGUCAGGUUAAACAACCUAAACAUGAAAUGUACGAAGAAACGUCCGAUGACAUGAAAGAUGAAGAGGAAGAAGAUGAUGACAUGAAAGUGGAGUGGCCAACAGGAGUGCACCAGGCUACAGACACGGAGCUGGAAAAACUUAGCAAUGCAGAUGGGAAUAUGUCCACCGAUGGUCUGGUUUCCAUUCUGAAGAGGAGGAGAGCAUCCCUGGAUGGACUACCACCUCCCAGCAACGCAGACAAAAAAAUAAACGCCAAACGUAAAGUCCGCUUCACUGAGCCAGAAGAACACGAUGAGGUGGGUGCAGACUCCUGCUUGAUCCUUCUCUUGCUGUGUCUUGUUACCGUGGUGAUCAGUGCUGGUGGGACCGCUCUCUACUGCUUCUUGGUGGACUCAUCCUCCCACAUUUGCGUUGACUUCGCUAACAACUUCUACAUGACAAAAAUGCGGAGUUUCUUCGAAAGGCUGGGACUUUGGCUGCCUCGCGGGACAUAUAAGCCGUCAUGAGAAGUCUUGAGGCAAUUCAUGGUGAUAGUCACAAAGAGGACGAUUUAUUUGAGUUUAAAAUGACUUGAAAUUUUUGAAUUUGACUUUCUCUUGAGUGUAGAUUUUCUUGUUUGGAUCGUUUAUCCUUGGCAAAAUUUCAACCUCAGAAGGGUUCUUGUAACAUUCACUUCAUAGGCAGAGUUUGACUAUUGUAGGAGGGGGAGCAAAACAUGUUGAUGACCCCGAAAUGCAGUGCUAGCAAUAAAAUUAACUUACUAUACUCUUGACACUGUUCCUGUUCAAUCAUCGGUUCAAGCUCAGUUGUUGUUGAAGCUUUUUAAAGUUUAGGUAGAAAGAACUUCUAAAUAUCCAUCUUGCCUACUCAGGUAUAGUUUUGGCUAAGCCAAGCAAAGGUAAGGUGCUAGUCACAUAUUUUGACCCAUGAAAUACUUAGUAGGAAUCUUUGGAAUUUUAUUCAUUUUUGGUGUUUGUCUCACUGCUUUACAACUUGUAUUGAGAACAUUUUAAUGGAUAGGUCUUUAUUUUAAAAGGGAAAGUUCAGAAUUUUAGACAUUAAGGCUUAAAGUGCCAGUGACAGCAUUAAAAAAACCUUAAAUAGCAUUAUUAUGUAAAUUAGAAUCAUAUUUUGAGACGAUUUAACUGUAUACAUCAAUUUGGCAAAGCGCAAAUGACGACAAAUUAGUCUUUUUAAUCUGCCGUUUAGCCCCGUCUGUCAUUGUAGCGCUCUAGGGUCCCCAGCUGGAGGAUGACGUCCGUGGUCACGAUUUCAACUGAUUUAGAGUUCAGUCCAUCGAGGGCGAAGAUUCAGAACGGGGAAAAUUGUGACAGAGAGCAGCAAAAUGUCAUUGUUUCAAUCUCUCUACUCCAAUAUUUUUACAGAAUAUUCUUUUUAUCUAAGUAUUUUUCCCCAAUUGCUAAAAAAAUGGUAUGGUCAUGACUCAUGACAAAUAAUACUGUUGUGCUAAAUGGAAUAUGAAAUAUUAAAAAUGCAAAAUUACUGCAUAAUGGUAAAGACUGUCGACUUCUUGCACCUCCCGAACGGUAUUUUAUGCCAACAGAGUAAAUCGAGGCUUUUGCAAUUUCCCUGCCCCGGCUUCGGAGAUGGAGAAAAGAGCAUAAACAAGGCUGGAGGCGUGACAGCUAGCUAGCAUGCUAACACGAACCAAGCGGCGUUUCAAAGUUUUUUUCUGUAGCGGGCAGGCAGUCUUGUCGCCGGGGAGAGAAGGGGGAAAUGCUGAAAAUGACAACUCAUACAAAGUACCCCAACUCAUGUCACACACAGGGACGGGGUUGAUUGUUUCCACCGAUUGGCCAGCCAACGGCAGCGGGCAGGCAGUGAUCGUCACCGGGGUGAAAAGGGGAAACGCUGAAAAUAUAAACAAAACAGCAGUAGUAUUAUCACCCACGAAAUGCAAGCCAUCUCCUUAUUAAAACGUUUGCCAUGAACCCAGUAUUUGACAUAAUAUAAAACACGGAAGCUUACUCACCUAGUCAUCCGUCCAAUGGUCUCUUGAUUGGAAAUCCAAAAUCCUCACACCACUCUCCCUGGUGAAGCAACAAAAGCCUGCAGCACAUUGGGCUGGCGUGAUGCGAAAAAUAAACAAAUUAGUCCGCAAAAUCAGCUGAAUCCGCAGUCCAUCUGCAUGCUAUAAAGCAGUGUUUUUCCACCUUAUCUGAGUCACUGCACAUUUUUACAUUCGACAAAAUCUCCCGGCACACCAAAAAUGUUUAAAAUUACUUUCUGUACGGUAUAUUUAAUUAUAAAAAAAAUUCUCAGUAUUUAUACUUAGUGUAAAACUUGAGCCUCUUUAGCGGGACACAAAUCCUGGCAGGAAUCUUCAACAGCUCUGUCUCUCAGUUUUUAUUAUAGCAUUUAGGCUUGAAAAGCUCAGAAUGAUCGUACAUGGGGACUUUAGCAAUGUCUUUAACCGCAUCAGGCCCAAGCAUCUCGCUGACAAUGGCUUUGCAGACAGGUAGUAUUAAUGUCCUUGCCAAAGUGUGGGACUUUUGGGAUUUAGCAACAUGUUCAGCAACAAGCUAACUGGCUUUGAGGGUUUUCUCAUUUACCCUUGUAGUUUUUCUAAAAAACGUUGCCUGUUUCUGUUUUCAUGAAGGCGAACAAAAUAGUCCAUAUUUUGAAGCAACGGGUGUUUCGUUUGGAGAUGACGUUUAAGCUCGCUCGGCACCAUGGCGCUGUUGGAUAGCUCGUGUCACGUUCAAGAACUGCUCGGAUUUUUAGCCAUCAGCCAACUUGCUGUCCUCGACAAUGUGUUGGAAUAAAACACAGGGAGAGGAUUGACAGUCGUCACAUAUGGAUAAAAUGGAAAGGACACUUUCGUGUACAUCGACACUUGACUAGUCUAAUCAAAUUACGUCCAGUAGACGUGCUGGGGUCCACUGUGUCGUGAACAGCAAGGUGGCUGAUCGCUAGAAAUCCGAGCAGUUUUUGAACGCGACACGAGAUAUACCUCACUCAUCUGCAUACGACUGAGAACUUUCUACCUACCCCUUCCUUCAUACUGUAACUGCUCCCGACGACAUAAAAAAAAAAAUGCAAUUCUUGAUAAUUUCUCGCGGCACACCUGACGAUGUGUCACGGCACACUGGUUGAAAAACACUGCUCUCAAGCAAUAGCUGUGUUGUGAGAUGCUGACCCGGGUCACAUUCGCAUUCUUCCUCAACCUGAGACUGGAACGCUAAGUCACUCAUUUUCAUGGCGCAGGAUUAAAAAAAUUGAAUAGAUAAAACAAUCGUUUCUACACACAUCCAAGCGGUCAAUUUCAUUCAGGAGCACAAAAUACCGCGUGAAAUAUGAAAAACAUGCUCUUUGCUGUCAUAGGCACUUUAAUUUUCAAGUUAGCGGGGGUUUAAUCAGUCAGUGGAGUGAUUUCAACAAAUUCCAUGCAGCUUGUUAUUUAGUUAUUUUGCAGGGGCUUCAGACUAGUGCCUGCUUAGCAUGCCAAUAAAAAAAAAACGAUUUUACAGAUCUAACACAAUCGAAUAAAUUCAAAAUGCAGAUCAUUGUUCAGAAUACCGAUGUGGCCAAAAUAAUGUCACACCAAACUGCUGUACUUCACUUCAUGCUGCAGGACUAUUUUUUUUAAAUGCAUAAUGCGACAACAAUAGAGACAUUCGCCCUCAGUCUUUUGGGGAAUCCCUUUCGUUCCCACAAAAAAGGCAGCAGUGAAAUAAACGAUGAGAUUUCACUCCACCCUGCUUGCCUUGACAGCCUGUUCCCUGGAGAGCUGCUGGAUUACAAAUGUUGCUGUUCAUACGAAAACUAUUGACAUGCAGUGGUAGGUUUUUAAUAACUUUAUCCUGAAAACAUAGCCAACACUACUGAUUGCAUGAGUCAUCGGUGAUUCUCAUGUAUGCAUAUGUUAUUUUUUAAUUGGUAUGCUAUGUAGACACCAUUGACUCGUACUAGCCUAGCAACUCCGAAGCCUUGAAACUAACAAAUAACAAUCAAACUGCACUGAAUUUGUUGAAAUCAACUCCACCGACUAAUUGAACCUCCAUUAACUCGAAGAUUAAACCUUAUCUCAAAAAAUCUGAACUUCCCGUUUAAAUUAAAUUCAUAUUCAUUGGAAAGUCAAUUACUGUACAUGCAAUGAUAUUUUUCAGCCACCCCCUAAUCUCCACCUAUGAUUCACUUGUGUGCAUAUUUUAACAAUUUGUUUCUUGUAAAUUUUUUGAGCAGUGUGUAGUUUUGUUUGUCCUUUGCUCUCUAACUUUUAGCAGUGUCUAUUUGUUGUCAUCUAUUGGUUUAAUUAGUAUUUUUAGGUGUAUAACUGUUUUUGUGGAACGUCGGAUCAUAUUUGUAAUCUAUUUUCUGAUCUUAUCCUCAAAUACAAGGCUGCAUAUCUGCAUCAAACACACUGACUUCAACUGCUCUGCAUGAACCGCACUACUUCUGUGUAAUUUUUUUUGUUUUAAUUUGAUUGUCUUCACGUGUCUGCCUCACAGUACAGGUCGAGCCCAACAUUUCAUUAAACCACAAGUGUCAACAUAAUGUUUAUUACUAAACAGAUUUGUGUGAAUGGUUUGUCUACGUGCCCUGUCAUUGACUAUACUCUACACACGCUCAAAGUCACAACUCAAGGACAACGGAAUCGAAAAAUAAAAACUUCAAACGUACAAGCAACUAAGAUAAGGAAUUGGAUGUUAGUCAUAUUGAAAAUAUUAGUAAAUUUGCGUGCAUUGUGACAAUAUUUAUAAUUUGGAGUAUGCAACAAUGUCUUCUCACAGCCUCUUCACUCAGGUACCUUAAUGCUCAUCGGUGUCCAGUAUUUACAGGGACCAAGGACUAGUGCAAGAUGGCCAUGAUGAAAUAGAUGGGUCACUUUCUGGACACGUGACUAUCACUGAAAUGAAGGUGGACUGUAAUUAAAGUAGACUAUAAAUGAUGAUUACAUGAUAUGGAUACUUUACAAUGAGUAUUUUACCUUUUCUUUUUACAGUUGAUGUCUGUACACCAUGUUUUAUUGCUGUGGGUAAAAAAAAUAAAAAAUAUUCACUGCUUUGUAGUAGUAUAUUAACGCAUAAAAAAUCUGUCUCGCUCCAAGAGGUGAGUUGAACACGUCCUACUGUAUGGAUUGUCACAAUAGAUAAUGUUGAUCAAUGUCCAACAUGACUUUUGUUUGUUUCGUAUGGCACAAUUUCAGUUUAUAGCUAUUGCAAUCAUUAUCUAACAAUAGGCUGCAUGGAUGAAUAAAUUCAAACAUAGACUUGAUAA